AUGGAUAAUUCUGAUCACAAACGUUUGCUGUUCGAGGAGACUGAGGAAAUUCUGGGAAAAAUUGAUCGACUUGCAUUACACCCAAAGUUUAAGUUACAAUUGUAUAUGAAAUAUUUGUUACCUAAAAUCUCCUGGCAUCUGACAAUUGCGGACAUUGAUAAAACCUGGGUACGACAUACAUUAGAUAUGAUGUGUCACAACAAAUUCCGUGAAUGGCUUGAAAUACCUCCCUGUGGUACUUUAGAUAUUUUACUACUUGCUAAAUCCAAAUUUGGUCUGAACAUAAUAGAUAUAUCGGCGAAAUUCACACAAUGUCAAGUUAUUUUAUACCCUGGUUCCAGAGGUUUACAAUAAACCUCUGGUUGAAAGCGGCAAUUGAUUCAUCGAGCCGCGCCAAUCAGUUUGAAUUAGGGUCAGAUCCUGACUCUGUCUCCUGAUUGGAUGAUUGUAUUAAAGCUCUCUGAUUGAUUCAAAUAAAACAUCUAUAUCCAAUCAGAGAGCUUUAAUACAAUCAUCCAAUCAGGAGACAGAGUCAGGAUCUGACCCUAAUUCAAACUGAUUGGCGCGGCUCGAUGAAUCAAUUGCCGCUUUCAACCAGAGGUUUAUUUUUCCUCUCCUCUUCGCAAUGAAAAUAAUAAAAAUAAACCUCUGGAAGCAGGGUAGUUAUUUUAAGAAGCAAGUCAGUGAAAAACUCAAGUUCACCUGACAUUCGGCAAGUGUACCAAGCCAGUAGUACAAAUACUAAUGUUCAGUACGAUCAUUAUCUCAAGCCGAAGGAAGUUAUUCAAGAAAUCCGGGCAGAAAAAGUUGCAAACAUCACAUAUAAUUUAACUUCACAAAGUUUAAUUAUAAAAUCGCUUUGGAAUGAGGCCUUUCCUGAGAUGGUUAAAGAUUGGCAUGCUACUAUAGACAAACUACCCAAGAACAUUUACAACUUUGUCACGAGAUAUUUGAAUAACACCGAUUGCCUACCUUAAUUGAAGAACAUGCUUCUCUGGAAUAAAACAUCUAGCAAUCUUUGCAAGGCGUGCUCAAACGUGCAAACCUUACAACAUGUCGUGUCCUCUUGUAAGAUCCAUCUGGACGAAGGGCGCUACACUUGGCGUCACAACUCGAUUCUUAAACAUCUUGUCGAGUAUUUAUCGAGCGUUAAGAAAGAUUUACGCUUUUACGCUGAUGUCGAAGGCUUCGAAAAUCCAUCAGUUGUAACUGGAUUUGAUGACCGACCGGAUAUGAUCAUUGAGAACUACACCAAUCGAGCAAUUUACGCAAUUGAAUUGACUGUUGGAUUUGAGACUAACAUUACUAAAAAUUGUAUUAGGAAAACAACACGCUAUAGGAAUCUUUGUAAUGCUUUGAAGCAACGAUAUAAUACCGUUGAGUAUCUCAAUUUAUCAAUGGGGGCUAUUGGUGUAAUUGGAAUAGAGUGUAAAAAGAUUUAUGGCUUUUUAGAGAAUGUAAUGAACUUAGACAUACUUCAAAGAAACGUUUUAAUUAGAACACUAUGUGGAGUUUGCAUUAGGACUGCGUACUUUCUGUUUUGCAUGAGAGACAGGGAAUGGAAUGACCCAGAACUUUUAUAUUGGUAAUCUUGACUUUUAUCACCAUAUUGUAAACACUUUUAAAUCUCUCUGUACCAUAACAGCAUCCUCGAUGCCUACAUAUAUAUUGUAGUGAGUGCUGGUUGCCUUGUUUUUAACUAUGUAAAAUCAUUAUUUAAUAAAUGUUUCCAUUAUUAUUAUUAUUAUUAUUAUUAUUAUUAUUAUUAUUAUUAUUAAGGUGACUGUCUUAGUCCUCUACUAUUUAAUAUGUGUUUCAACACAUAUAUUCAGCAUAUCAAAGCUGAAAAGUACCGUCAGUUCGGUUUCUCCCUCCAACUUCUUAAUCCAAUCCACUGGUUUCAGUUUGCCGAUGAUGCUGCGGUUAUUACUGGUCAAGAGUCGGAAAAUCAACAUCUCCUUAAUCGAUUCUCUAUCUGGUGUCAAUGGUCCAACAUGGUUGUUAGAGUUGAUAAAUGUAGCACAUUUGGCAUCAAAAAAGUUUUAUCAAAAUCUGCCCAGUAUCUGCCGAAGCUUUUGAUCAAUAAGGAUCUCAUACCAACGAUUAAGACUGGAGAAUCAUUUGAGUAUUUGGGACGACAUUUCGACUUUAACAUGACUAAUGAAAAACAUAAAUCUGAAGUGAUUUCCCUCAUUGAUGAACUAAUGUCCGAAAUAGAUCUUAAACCUCUUCACCCAAAAAACAAAAUUUUACUUUACAGUCGUUAUGUUUUGUCAAAGCUAUCCUGGCAUUUUACUGUUGCUACGAUAUCUAAAACUUGGGUAGUCGAAAAUAUCGAUUCUUUGGUGAACAAGUACAUCCGAAAAUGGCUGGAAGUACCUAUAUCUGGAACACUAAGUAACGUUAAUUUCUAA